GGCGGGUCGUGAAUCCUUUAGGUUGGUCCUGAUAUAUUAGAUGUACUCUGAGUAAAGUUACAGCAGUUGGGUGUUUUUGCUCGCUGAAGUAAAACAGAAUUAAAUUAAUUCAUCCUAUUGUUUUUUUUUUUACUUCAGUCUUCAUCUGAAAAAGAAUCCAAACAAGGUCUGAUGGAAAACACUUCAACAUCAAAUGCCUCCUUUCUUGGUCCAAACCCAGUCCACUCAUACGCCGAGUGCCUCAUCACCAGACCCAGCUCCAUCAUUUACACCGUGUUCAUUGCCAUCGAGGUCUUCCUCUUCCUCCCUCUCUUCAUCUUCAUCCUCUUCUUUGGUCUUCAGCAGUGGAGGAAAAAACGCUCCAACUCCUCAACACUGAGUCACUCUGACUGCUUCACCUACCACCUGGUCCUCAUGGAGCUGGCUGGUGUCCUUGGCUGCAUCAUCACCUUCGGUGGAAUCUACGGGAAUGGCAUCAAAUUUGUAAAAGCUGGGAGCACCCUGUUUUCUUUUACCUGGUAUGGACAGGGAUUCUUCCACAUCCUGACCUGUGUGGAGCACUACCUGGCUGUGGUUCAUCCCGUCACCUACCUGAUGCUGAGACAAACCAGAGGGAUCAGGAUCAGAAACGUCGUUGUUGGCUGUGUGUGGCUGUUGAGUUUUUCAGGGUUGGGUUUGGCAGUAAAGGACAAUUACAUAAUAAUGGAUUCGCUUGUCAUAAUUUUGACCACAACCAUCACCCCUUUCUGCAGCUUGUCAGUUAUUAGUGCUCUGACUCGUUCUGGCCAGGGGGAGCAGGGGACACGGAAGGAAAGAGUUGUCCAAUCAAAGCAGAGGGCUUUCUACACCAUAGUGGCCGUAUUACUAGUGCUACUUCUGCGGUUGGCUUGGAGCGUGGCUUGGAUCUUUAAUACUGUACGAGCGUACAGUAACUGUGUAGUGAUGACGUGUGAAGUUUUGUUCAAUCUGCCCAGCAACUUGGUCCUACCUUUGCUUUUUCUGCAACGAGCAGGAAAAUUGGUGUCGUGGGAGAACAGUACUGAGGGUCAGGGUUAGAUUAACGAUCAUUUCACAUAGACGCUAUCAGCGAUCCCAUUUUUACUGAGAAGCAUCGAACACUAAUUUCCAGCAGUCUAAUUAAACUGACACAUUUUGUACAAGCUGUCAGAAGAUAAAUGCACAAAAAUAUCCAAAUUUAUGGAAAUUCUUUUGAAUUGCUGAACCUAGAACUGAUCUGAGGCCCUAGUUGUUGUUGUGUUGGAUCACAAAGUAACCAGGAGAUGGCAGCAAAACACAAACAACACAUUGUCUGCUGAAGACAGAACCUUAAAGGUUGGUUUGUGCUUGACCCGUCCGCGAGGUCCGCACGGCUCCGCGCGGAAAAGUUGUGUCAUUUUGCGUCAUUUUAACAACCACGCCCCUCCACCGCGUCUCCGCACGGCCCAAGAUUUCCGCAACGCGCACCUCGGAAAAUUUCUAACCACGCGGACGGUCGGACGCGGAAAAACAUGGCGGACCGGCAAGAACUACUACGGCAGAGGUUCGUAAAUGCAGACAUUUGUAUGAUUCAGCUUUCAGAGAUCACCGUGAUCAACAUGUUGUUAAUAAUUCUUGGAGAGAAAUAGCUCGCACUGUCGGAAAAGUCGAGGACGCUGUUAAAAAUGCUGAAAUGCCAUGUUGUAAACAGUAAUUUCUACUUCUACUAUGGUGUAGUGUUGGAUGCUUGCUGUAGAGCUCCAUGCUGCCCCCUACAGUUUGGGAGAAUAUUGGCUCACCGCAGAGACAAGCCGCACAAACCAUAAACGCUGCAAGUUGUGAAGCGCGUUCCAUCCGCGAGCCGCAUCACCGCGCAGAAAGUGAAUGCGUCAAGCAUAAACCAAGCUUUAGUCCAGAAAGCAGAAACUGAAUGCCACAUUUUACUUUCUUUUAUGAUUGGGAUAAAUGGCUCAAUAGUCUAUGGACUAAUGCUUGAUUAGGAACAUUCUUUUGUUGGGAUGACAUCUGAACGGUUAGGGUUAGAGUCCAUGACCCUUACAGCUGUAACGUCCAAAAGGGUCAAUGUUCACCUACAUAUUGAUCAACAUAAUAACUUUUCAUCUACAGCAUAUAUCCACUUUCUAUUUGGCCUUCCCGAACCAGACGGUUCUGUUCAGCGUGUGUUAACAUUCCAUGAAGACAAAACAUCCAGACAAACAUUCUUUCCCAAAGUCCUACACUCUCUGCAUGAACGCCAGACAUCAACGUUCUUCACUCUGAACAAGCGAAGACUCCAUGACUUUUACAACUCAUAAGCUUACAAUAAUCACGUGUGAUGAAUGAACGAGAUGUUUAAAUGAAAUGAUUGAAUAACCUGUGCUUAAAUCAAUUAAUUUAAAAUGAAUAUUGUUCUUACAAUGAUCCAUUUAUAUCACAAAUCAGUAUGUGUUUGAUUUAACAAGUUAAUCAUUGUUUACACUCAUACGCAUUGCAAUAAGAUACAGGUGGAGGUUAAAAACAUCUUUGCAUCUGCAAGAAGGCGAGGCUUUCUGAGGAAUGUUUUGGUAAAGACUAUCAAAGCACAAAGAGGACUCAAAUGCAGAGCUCACACAGUUUUAAUCAGCAGAAGGCAUUCCUGGAGUACAACACAACUGAAAAGUCCAAAUCUAACUGAAUACACUUUUACCAAGUGUUUCUGAGAGCAGGUUCACAUCACACGACGGGAGAAGACAAACUGGCAAAGGAAACUGUUGCAAAGUCGCUAAAAUGGAGAAGCCGGGACCCAGGUGCAAGACAUGAGGCAGAUUAGUGAGGAGCCUCAUGUCGUGACGCUGCCUGUAAUGAGACAGGAAGUGAAUGCACAAAAUAAAACAGGAAGUACCAGAAAUACAAUAAAACCAGAAACAAGAUUGCAAAGCACUCAACCUGCAGAAUCACCCAUGACAUCGCCUUCCAGACGUGGCACAUUCUGAUUUGCCAGAAUAUGCCAGAAAUGAUAAAUAAUGAGUUUAUUAAAACGGGAUUUACUUCCCAAUUAAAACAGCUGCUAUUUCAGCUGUUAACUUUAUUUUUUCUCUAAGUGUUUUUCACCCCAGAAGAUGCUACACUGGUGUUCUGCUGAGCUGUGGUAGCCUCGUGGAGGGGGCCAUCGGCUUGAACACUGUUGCUAACCACUUCAUCAUUCUCCCUCUGAUAAUAACACUUUUUUGAUAUUGAAUGUGCUACUACUAGUUUACCCGUUUAAUUACAGAUUCACUAGGAUAAGUACAAUAAAGUUUAGCGCAGCUGUGGCUACAUCAUAGCUCAUCCCCACCAGCCAGUGAAUGUGUGUAUGAAUGGGUAAAUAAUUGUGUUGUGAAGUGCCUUGAGGGGUUGCAGAACCUUAAGAAGGCGCGAUACAAAUACAAGCCAUUGACUAAUAAACAAAAAUGUUUUUUUUCAGUGAAGUUGACCUCCAAUUCUUUUUCAUAUUGGAAAUGUAACAAAUAUCUAGCUUAAUUUGUCCAUCUCUGUCCAUCCAUCCAUUUAUACACAUAUUUAUACAUAUAUUUGUUACACUAUACUUUACUAUAAAGAAACACAUUUGGCAUGUUCAAGAAACUGCAGUAAAACUGCAGAAAAGUCAAUUGUGAAUUUAUUUAUUCACCCAUAUUUUAUCAGCACAA